CUCAUCUCCAUCAGGUCAACAUGAAAAUCUUCGUCUGUUUGCUGGCUGUGGCCGCUGUGGCUCAAGCAGGAUUCAUCGGAGGUGGUGGCUAUAGUGGUGGUGGCUCAUCUCACGGUGGCUACAGUGGUGGCGGUGGAUCCUCCCAUGGCGGCGGAGAUGGUGGCUACAGCUAUGGCGGUGGCGGUGGCGGUGGCUCUGAUCAUGGCUCAGAUCAUCAUGGCAGUGGUGGUGGUUCCCCACCCGUCAAAGUCAUCAAAGUGAUUCACGAAUCGGCUCCAUCCGGUGGUUCAGGAGGCUGGCAAUCUGGAGGAGGCGGUGGUGCUGGUGGCGGAUGGUCUGCUGGUGGCGGUGGCGGCCAUGGCGGUGGUGGUGCCCAGGAAAUUAAGAUCAUCAAGAUCAUCUCACAGCAGGCUUCGUCUGGAGGUCAUGGAGGUGGCUAUGGAGGUUCAUCUGGAGGAUAUGGUGGAUCUUCUGGUGGCGGUUGGUCAUCGGGUGGUGCUUCCAGUGGUGGCUGGUCAUCCGGUGGAGCUUCCAGUGGUGGCUGGUCUUCCGGUGGAGCUUCCAGCGGUGGUUGGCCCUCGGGAGGCGGUGGAGCUGAGGUCCCCGUGAAGAUCAUCAAAAUCAUCUCAGAAUCGGACUCUGGAGCAGGAGAUUCUGGCGGUUGGUCUUCGGGUGGUGCCCCCAGCGGUGGCUGGUCCUCAGGUGGCGCUUCCAGCGGUGGCUGGUCUGCCGGUGGAGCUUCCAGUGGUGGCUGGUCCUCGGGCGGUCCAUCCAGCGGUGGUUGGUCCCCCCAGGGCGGCAGUGGCAGCUGGUAAUUGUGAUAACCCGUGAUUUCAUUGUUUUCAUUCCACGAACCCAUUGUUCCAUUCCACAUCCAUCCUCUGUUACUUUCCCAUUCCACCAUAUUUGUUAAAUAAAAGUUUUCUGUUUGAUCAUUUCCCAAAAAAAAAGAGAGAAUGUGUUUAAUUUGCCAAACUCUGGCGGAGCAAAAAAGGAGCAACCCAAGGAAUCCUUUUACAACUUUUCAAUUUAAAACAGAAACUCUGCCAAGAAGCAGAAACCCACCCACCAUACCGGACGCCUUUUUUUCUGCCUUCCUAAG